AUGAGAGCAGUUACGUUUGUGACGGGAAAUGUUGGAAAACUCCGUGAGGUGAAGCAGAUUUUGAAGGGAUUCGAGAUAACGAAUAUUGACGUAGAUUUGAACGAGUACCAAGGUGAACCAGAAUUUAUUGCGGAAAAGAAAUGCAAAGAAGCGGCCGAAUCAGUGAGGGGGCCAGUUUUGGUGGAAGACACGAGUUUAUGCUUCAAUGCAAUGGGCGGAUUACCUGGACCUUAUAUUAAAUGGUUUCUGAAAAAGUUAGGCCCCGAAGGACUUUUUAAGAUGCUUGAUGGUUUUGAGGAUAAAACUGCAUACGCUCAAUGCAUUUUCGCAUAUACUGAAGGAGUUGAUAAACCGGUUGUGAUAUUUUCCGGAAAAUGUCCUGGUCGAAUUGUGAGCCCGAGGGGACCUAGAGAUUUUGGAUGGGAUCCUUGUUUUGAGCCUGAAGGAUUUGAUCAAACAUUUGCUGAAAUGGAAAAAGAUGUGAAGAACACAAUCUCGCAUCGAUCGAAAGCUCUGGACAAACUCAAAGAAUAUUUUGAGAAUAAUUAG